AUGGCGGAGAAACUAGCGCAUGAUAUCAGUCGGGAGUUUCUGGUCUGUCAGAUCUGUUUGGACGACUACCGACAACCCAAAAUCCUGCCGUGUCUUCACACCUUCUGUCGGCGGUGUCUGGAACGAAUGGUCGGGAAGAAGACUAGGAUUUUCUGCCCUACAUGUCGACAGGAGGUUUCUAUAUACGAGAACGGGAUAGCCGGUCUGAAGGACAACUUUUUCAUCGGUAAAUUACACGAUGUUGUUCGCAAUGCAACACACCAAGCGUCUUCUGAAAGGCACUCCACAUCCAGGGCUGUACAUGUGUGUGGAAGCUGUGGAGCCAUGUCCACUACAACCAGGUAUCGUGAUGAUUGGGACGAUUUUCUGUGUCAGAAAUGCGUUGACUGCGACCGUCGCAAGGGGGCGUCGUCACCGCGGCGAAAAAUGUCAACAGAAAACAGGAUGGAAGGAACGCAUUUAGAGCCUGAACGAAUUUCACAUUCAGAACACGUAGACCCUGAUGUCGAUGUCGUCUACUGUAAGUCUUGUCAUGACGUCGUGUGUCGAAAAAUCAGCCUCUCCAAACACAGAGCACGCCUGCAUUCUCAUGUAUGGGAGGCCGCUGAGAGAGAAACGUCUGAAAUCAGAGCGCUCUUGGCGGAAACCGAGAAAGUUGCAGCAGCACACGAGAAGAAACUGCAAGAGCUGAACACAAGACGCGAAGUAUGGCAGCAGCAAUGUGAGGAAAACAUCGCGAAAAUAGAAGAGCAAGCCAGGCGGGCUAUACAGACAAUACAGACGGAAAGGGACGAGAGAAUAAAACAGCUCAAACGUGUGGAGACCACCAAAAACAGACAGUUGUUGGAGAACAUCGCAGCCGUUACCGUGAGCGCAGCCCGGGUUCGAGGGAGCUGCACAUACGCGAGGGAAACCAUAGAAAAGGGGACUCCAGAAGAAGUCUUGGCUGUUGCCCAGGAGUUAAAGGAAAGACUGAGACAGUGCUCCAAACUUAGGGCGCCCAGUUUUUCUUAG